GUCUGCCUUCUCUUCUUUUUCUAAGCGCGAUGCAGUCGUCAUCCUCAGAUCAGUCUGAGGGAGGAGAACGAGGGACAGGACCACGAGCAUAAUUUGCUGCUGAUCAGUACCCGAAAGCAUGCGCACUCUGUACGUGUCUGCUCUGCUCUGCUCCCUUUUGCUCGGCUUCCUGCGUCCUACAGUGGCGGAGGAGAGCGAGGCAGCCGGUGGGAGGGAGGAGAGGGAGAAACGAAGCUUACCUUACUGGGGCUUGUGGUCGUCAGACUUUAUCGGAUGGCUGGAGGAGCUACGAGCUCAGGCAGCUCACGACAGGAUGCAGGACCUGGCUCGUACCUACUGGGCUCACUUCCCCAUCGCCAACGGGCUGGGCUACGAUAGUCCCGAGCCUGACUCUAAACCUGAGGAGUGAGGCAGAAAAGAGACAGGGUCCAGACAAGAGAUUCAAGAAUCUGAGGGCGGGUAGAAGUGACCUAUAACAUGUGUUAGGAUGUUAAAGUUCAGAUGAGCGAUGGUGGUGCUGUGACCCUUCAUGCUUGUAUAAAAAUAAGAAUUUAUCCAUUUUUUUUCAGCAAAAUAUUUCUUUUUCUUUCCUUCUAACCUUAUUAAACGCAUACGCAGAGAAGUAUGGAAGUGGUAACAGAAAUUAGUAGUUAGUGUAAUGCCACGUAUUAUUCAAAAACUAAUUCAAAGACAAAGCAAUGUACAAUGUGUUAUCCUACAUAGUGAUGUUACUUAUGUUUGGGGUCAAUUAGACCAUAGAAAGGUAAAACCCACAGUUAUGCACAAACUGUUAAACUCCGAUAACAGAAAUCCAAAUAGACUUACCUAGGAUUUUGGAGGGGCAGUGCCGCACUGGCUUUAACCAUGUUUUACA